AUGUCUCCUUAUCAACUUGUUCUUGGCAAGUCUUGUCAUUUACCUGUUGAGAUAGAACACAAAGGUUAUUGGGCAAUGAGGAAAAUCAACAUGGAGUUCAAGGAGGAAGGAUUCACUCGGCGUGAUCUUUUAACCGAGCUGGAUGAAUGGAGGAAUGAGGACUAUGAAAGUUCUCGUAUUUACAAGGAAAGGGCCAAGAAAUUCCAUGAUUUGACCAUUCACACUAAGGAGUUCAAGCCAGGGCAAGAGGUUCUUUUAUACAAUUCCAGGCUGCGUUUGUUUCCUGGCAAGCUGCAGUCAAAGUGGUCGGGGCCGUAUGUGGUGCAUAAGAGCAAUUGGAAUGGAACGUAUGAGCUGUUCGCUGCUGAUGGCACUACUUUCACUGUUAAUGGUCAUCGCCUCAAGCCUUACUUCAAGUCGGAUGUUGAUCGUGGUCUUGAAGUCACCAAAUUCAAUGAUCCAUAA